GCCACGGUUCCGGUUCCGGUUCCAGCUGUGACUGGAGUCUUCACCUGCGGCCACGGGGAGAGGCCACAGGGAGCAGCCAUGGCGUACUCCACAGUGCAGAGAGUGGCCCUGGCCUCGGGGCUCAUCCUGGCUGUGUCGCUGCUGCUGCCCAAGGCCUUCCUGUCUCGCGGAAAGCGGCAGGAGCCGCCGCCAGCUCCCGAAGGAAAAUUAGGCCGAUUUCCACCUGUAAUGCAUCAUCACCCGGCACCCUCAGAUGGCCCAACCCCUGGGGCUCGUUUCCAGAGGUCUCACCUUGCAGAGGCAUUUGCAAAAGCCAAAGGAUCAAGUGGAGGUACUGGAGGAAGUAGUGGAAGAGGCCUGAUGGGGCAGAUUAUUCCAAUCUAUGGCUUUGGGAUUUUUUUAUAUAUACUGUACAUUCUAUUUAAGCUCUCAAAGGGGAAAACUGCAGAGGAUCGGAAAUGCUCUAGUGUCACACCUGGAAACACCCACAGGAAAAUUACUAAUUUUGAGCUUGUUCAACUUCAAGAAAAACUGAAAGAGACAGAGGAAGCCAUGGAAAAAUUAAUCAACAGAGUGGGACCUAAUGGGGAGAGCAGAGUACAGUCUGUGACUUCUGACCAAGAGAAACGAUUGCUGCAUCAGCUCCGAGAAAUUACCAGGGUCAUGAAAGAAGGAAAGUUUAUUGACAGACCCACUCCAGAGAAAGAAGCUGAGGAAGCCCCUUACAUGGAGGACUGGGAAGGUUACCCAGAAGAAACUUAUCCAAUUUAUGACCUUUCAGACUGUAUCAAACGUAGACAAGAAACAAUCCUGGUGGAUUACCCUGAUCCAAAAGAGCCCUCUGCUGAAGAAAUAGCUGAAAGAAUGGAAGUGAUGGAAGAGGAAGAAUCAGACCACUUGGGUUGGGAAGGUCUGCCCACUGACCCAAGAACCCAGGAGGAUAAUUCUGUUAUCUUGUGUGACCCAAAGCCAGAAACAUGCUCCUGCUGUUUUCAUGAAGAAGAUCCUGCUGUCUUGGCAGAGAAUGCUGGAUUCAGUGCAGAUAGCUACAGUGAGCAAGAGGAAGCCUCCAAAGAGGACUCUCCUGAAGACUUUAGAGAUGAAGGGUUGGGCAUUGAUGCUGAUAAAACAUUUAUAAGUGGCGUGUUGAGGAAGCGUAAUCCCCAGGGUUUAGAGUGAAAGCAGCCAGUUUGGUGAAGUAUCCAUUACUUUAGUCCCAAGGUGACCUUUCUCUUCUCUCUGAUUUCAUCCUUGGCGUCAUGCCCUGUACUUUCUUUUCUGUGUUCAGAUGUCAUAGCUAUCAGGCCACUACCAUGGAUAUCAUGUAUCCUUCCUGGUGCUUACACACCUGUCACCUUGUAAAACAUAGUCAUUAGUAUAAACACAGGAUAGCUUUACUCACUCUUCCUCUUCCUGUUUUUUCCCCCAUCAGGGAAGUUGAUCCAUGGAAUAAUUGUUUGGUCUACCAUAUAGUUACAUAUGAGACUAUCAAAAGAUCUGACUCUUCCUGCUAGGAGCAACAGGUUUACCUGUGAAUGAAGUCAGUUACAGAUGAUGAGGACUUAAGGUGGUAAAAGUGAAGAUUUCGGACUUCAGGAUGCCUUAUUCUUUGGGUCUUGAGCAGGAUAGUGGUCCUCUGGGGAGAAGUGAUCAUUUUCUUUGUGUGGCCCAUGGUCCUAGAGCAGAGCAAGACUCUGCUGGCUGAGCUGAAACUUCUUCAUUCAGUGAGGGUCUUUCUCAAAACACUGAUGCCCAGACAUUCUCUUUUCUCAAACAAACAUCCUCUUUUCUCCGGAAUAAUGGAAGACUUACCACUGACCUGUGAAUGAGCCUGCAGGCCUAUUUGGGUAUUGUUUUGCUCUGACAUGGCCUGGUUUUCUAGCUUCCUUUCUAUUCUGCUAUUCUAUCCCCUUUUCUGCUUAAAAGACCAGGGAAACCAAGAGGCAUCUUUGUACCUCUGGUCUUCAGCAGCCAGAGGAAGCUUUAGAGACUUUAGUCCCUGCCCUACAGGGGCUGUUUGGGCUCUGGGAAGGCCUGCCCAAGUGUAGUGAUCCUGCUGAGAAGAGCUCAGAAUGUCAGGGAUCCAGUAAUAAGAGAACCUGUGCACUCUUGGAUAGUCCUUGCCUCAAAGCUGUUUCUUAACAUUGUGCCCAUUGGGAAAUGUGUUCUCAAAACGGCAUGAAUCAAGACAGAAAUGAGGACUGAGCUUGUACACAAAGUGCCAACAUAGCAGGGAAGUUGCACAGUUAUCCAUCACAGAGAACCAAUAUAGCCAUGCCUUGGGGAAGAAACCAUGUGUUCUCUAUUUGAAUGUUUGGGUCUUUUGAGAGAGCUGGGGAAUGUAGGAAGUAAAUUAGGACUGGGAAGAUUUUGACCAGGCUGGAAACGUGUUUUAAGCUACCAUUCAGCUCUUGAGACAAGAUGGCACCUAUGAAUUCUGACAAAAAGGAUGAGUGAAUUCAGUUUAUAUGUAAGACCUGAGAGUUUAAGAGGACAUGUUCCUGAGGACAUUUUAUCACAUUAUAAAAAUGAGAAAGAUGGAAAGAAGGAAAUUGUAUGAAGGUAGAUAUAGAUUUUAGAGUUCCUUUGUGCCUGGCACAAAUAUGAUGCCCAGAAUAUAGUUAAAAUCACACGUGUAAGCUUAGACUACUGUCAGAAAGUAUGUCAGUUACUACAAGGCAUUACUUGUUAAUUGAACUGUACAUAAAAGUCAAUGAAGAUUGAGUCCUUAGAAAGAAGACCACAAUGCAUUUAUCUCUGUGUAGAAAAUUUGUUUUACAUUAUAAAGAAUGCUAUUUGAAAUGUACAGAAGACAACCUAGAAUGCCAUGUAAUACUAAAGGUAAAAAUAAUGUAGGGUCUUCUUCACCAUUUGGUAAAUUGUUUUCUGUGUGAUUUUCCUUCAUUCACCAUGAGGGGCUGAUUUAUAAGUAAAGCCCUGGGUCUCUGGUUUAAAUUUCUUUUUUGCCUUAGGAUGUGAUUCCCUUACUAGAAAUAAGUACUUUUGUUUUCCUUUCAAUUAUUCAUCCAGUCAUUCAUUUAGAAUGAAUUCAUUUAAAACUUAACAGCCAACUGCUCAGUGCUAGGUACUAGGAACAGAAGAUUCAGUUCCUACUUUUAAAACAGACAAAAAACCCCACUUCAAUUUAACAUAGGAGCCUGACAGAUAAAAUGAACUAUGAACUGUGAGACGACUCAAGAUUGUGAAUUCUGCAGGCAGAGGAAAAUGGGUCAUGAUCUUUCCCUAUAUACUCUAGCUAUAGAACCUUGGGUCAGCUCCUUGGGCAGUCUGAGCCUUGGCAUUUUCAUCUAUAAAGCAUAAUAAAAGUCCAGGUCUCACAAGGUUUUAUGUAUUAAAUGAAAUCAUCAGUGCAUUUAAAAUGGCAUUGCUUCUAAUUCAUGCAUGAUAACCACUCAUUGAGUAAUAGCUGUUUUAUUAUACAGUGUUUUACGCUGUGAUUUGGUAUGGACCCAAAACUACAGGAACAUUAAGGAAAGAGAAAUAUUGCCAAAACCGCUUCCAAGAAACUUUUCAGAGGUGGACCUUGGGGUAUGCCAAGAAUUUCUCCAGUGGGCAAGGAAAUAGUAUUAGCAAAAGCAAUGAAGUAGAAAGUAUUUGGAUAUUCAGGUAUCUUGAUGAGGCUGGUGUGUAAAGUGUUGCAUAACCAGUCUUGUGAUACCCUAUGGGAAAAAUAGCUUAUGGAAAUAGUUCCUGCCAAAAGCAUUAAACCCUCAUCAUGGCUCCUGCUACCUAGAUCUUAGAUAAACCAACUAUCAGGAAUAUAUUUGUUUCUGUAUCAAAAAUUUUAGCGUAACUUUUAGUUAUUUAGGAUUUAGACAAUGUUUUUUGGAUUUUCUGAAUUAUUUUAUCCUUUAGGAAUGACAAUUCUGUGUGUGUGUGUGUGUGUGUGUGUGUGUAAAAAACUUAGGGUUACCAAAAUUAUGAGACUGAUGUGUCUUCAUUUCUCAGAAUGAAAGGACUAAAAUUUGAUCACUCCCCUGGCACUAGGUUUGUAGUGACCUUUAGGUAUUGUGGCAGAGUACACAAAGCAUCAAUUAGGGGGCAGAUAAUUGGCCUAAUCAACAAUACGUUAUCUGGGAUCAUGCUUGGUAAAGCAGUAGGUAAUCCAGCCAGGAGAUCCCUUAUCCUAGUCACACCAGCAACACAAGGAAAGCAUCUUAUUUGCUCCAGAAGUUGGGUCCAGAGAAGUAUGCUGAAGAAGUAUAUUUGGCCUCUAGAAAUAAUGGCUUUAAGAACCACAUUCUUGCUGGGUGUCGUGGCACACACCUGUAAUCCCAGAAGUUUGGGAGGCUGAGACAGGAGGAUUGUGAGUUCAAAGCAACUCAGUGAGACCUGAGACCUUGUCUCUAAAUAAAAUACAAAAAAUAAGGCUGGGGAUGUGUUUCAGAGGUUGAGUGCCUCAGAGUUCAAUAUCUGGUAUCACCCCCACCCUCCAAAAAAACCCCUCAUUCUCUGCACUGUGGGCUUGAAUGAUCAAAUAAACUCAUGGUUCAAACUGGGA